UACAUCAUACACCACGCAAAAUUGACGAGAUGCCGCAUCGAACCCAUCACGUUUCCACUACGACAAUAGCACUGCUAUUUAUUCUUCUAUUCAUCUGUCUCUUUCCAAGCUUAUUUAACUUUGUCUGGACACUUCCGCUGGCGCUCCUAGGCUUUGAAAGAACCCCCGCAUACUCAUCCUCCAGCUACGCCACCAUGUCGUGGUUCCAAAAGCAGAUUACCUUGCCCGCAAAGGCUCGCGGCUCGUACCUCAUCACCGACCAGAUUGUGUCUGCGCUGCCCGAGAUUCGCAACUACAAGGUUGGCCUUCUCAACCUCUUUAUCCAGCACACCAGCUGCGGCCUAAGCCUCAACGAGAACUUCGACCCUACCGUUCGUGACGACAUGAGUGAUGCUUUGGAUAGAAUUGCACCCGAAUACGGACCUAACGGCGAGGUUCUGUACCGCCACGACGACGAAGGCCCCGAUGACAUGCCUGCCCAUAUCAAAUCUGCCCUUGUCGGGGCCAGCCUUACCAUUCCUAUCAAGGAUGGCAAACUGGCCACUGGAACAUGGCAGGGCAUCUGGUAUCUCGAAUUUCGCGCCAUGAAGCACCAGCGUAAAAUCAUGGCCACCAUUCAAGGAGAGAAAGCUUAGAUCUAAUAAUGAGUAUGAAUUGUAAUGAAUACAUGCGGGAGC